GCAGUAACCAGCCAUUACCAUACUAGGCCGAAACUGAAAACACUACGCGGCCGACAGCAGACUCGGACCAAAAUGGCCGCGCUUCUAUUUCUUAGGGGUAUUCCCUUCCUUCGCGUACGGCUUGGCCGCCAACGCCUAGCCGCCGGAACACUCUCGCCACUUCGGCACCCGUGGAGCUCUACGGCAGACCCAACUAAGGUGGACGAGGAAGUAUCCACUGCCGGAAAGACUACGGCAGUAUUGAGCGCGCGGGACCCGCCCAACUACCCCAGGUGGGAUGAUCCUGAUUACCGGAAGUGGAAAGACAAGGAAGAAGAGAUUCUGAGAGAUAUAGAGGCCAUUGUUACCCUCACCAAAGAAAUUCUCCACUCUGACAGGUAUUUGGAUGGAGAACAUCUAACAGCUGAAGAUGAGAAAGCUGUGGUAGAAAACCUUCUCACUUACCAUCCAAAUUCUGAAGAUAAAAUUGGAUGUGGGCUUGACUCAAUAAUGGUUGAUCGCCACCCCCAGUUUAGACAUUCAAGAUGCCUUUUUGUUGUGAGAACUGACGGUGGAUGGAUAGACUUUUCCUAUCAUAAGUGCCUGCGGGCAUAUAUUCGAGAUAAGUAUCCACUGCAUGCAGAAAGAUUUAUUCGAGAACAUUUUAAGCGUGGCAGUUAAUGAUGUGUAUUAAUGCUGAUGCCUACAUUUGAACUCAGUUACAAUUUUGGCAUUGGUAGCGAUGAUUGUGAUACAAAUAUUUUAAAUAUAUGUUUGGUAUUUUAUUAUUAAAGACUAUUAUUAUGAUAUAAUUGAUAAUUGAGAAUUAAUAAAAUUUUAAAAAUUGGUUUCUCUA